UAUUCCUUUCCCUCUUUAGUUUAAAUGCUCAAUGGCAGUGAUCUUUAGAAAGAGUAGGGGGAUGGAUUUCCUGGGAUGUCGAUUCUGUAAUCAAGACAAAGCAAGACACCCACGCCAAGAUCGAUGAAAAUAGAAGCCGGCUAUUUCUUAUUUUAUUAUAGAUAGGACAGGUAAGAGAGAAGACCGGUUACGCCGAGAGGAACACACCUUGAUCUGUCAUUCCUUCCGCGCGCACCGAGGGCCUAUUUGAACUAGUUGAAAAGCUGAGUUGCCCGGGAUAAGUUGAAUCAGUUUAUUACUUAAAUUUUCACUACUCCGAAGUUUUUGCACUUACAGAAGACCAAUUCCACAAGUGCUAAUGCAGUCGGUCACAUCUUCUCUGUCAGAGACAGCAGCGGAUAAAAGAGCAGCUAGCCCCCUUGGUUGGGGUCGGUUCUUUCCCUCAAAAAGAAUGGAAUUCGGAUCCUCAUCUCCUUCCAUCUGCCUCUAUCUCAAUAGCUUUCAAAAUAAAGUGAUUGGAUUAGCUUAUAUUGGAGGAUGGUCUAAAGCUGGCCUGGCCCUUGAUAUCAGUCCAAACAAGGGCACCCCUUCAUAGUCCGCUUAGUCGGUUGAGUAGUCAGUUUCACUUUCUCUUACUUUCUCUUACGCAGCAAGCCUAGCCUACUUUCGGAAAGUAAACAAGGCCUUACGUUUAUCGUUGUUCCCAGCCCAUGGCGUAUACCACCAUAGCAAUACAUAAGAGGAAGACUCAUAUUAGUAGG